AUGACAGUCAGCUGGAUGAAAACCGCAAUGAAUCUUAGUGACAGAUUUAUGCAUGAUCUGGAGACUAAACCGGAAUUUGAUAACUUGCGUGGAUUAUUUGGUUGGAUGCACAACUACUUCCGUACAUGCCCAGAUUACCUCAAGCCAUGUAUCCUCUACCUAUCCAUUUUUCCGCAAGGCCAAAGCAUUCGACGGAGGCGUCUAGUGAGGCGGUGGAUCGCAGAGGGUUACUCGAGGGACACGUCCAACAGGUCAGCUGAGGAUAAUGGGGAAAAAUUCUUCUCGAUGCUCCUUGAUCUGAGUAUCAUCCAGCAGACACCACAUUCAGUCACCACUGCAGAUACAAGAAUGGUCUUGUGCCAAGUCAACGGCUUCUUCCGUGAGUACAUCAUAUCAAGGCGAAAGGAUGAGGACCUUGUCUUCGAACUGGAGGGCAGGUGCACAUUGACCAGUCAACGCACAGGACGACACCUUGUUAUAAAGCAAAGCUGGGACAGAGACAAGAUCGUGUUCAGUAGUAUUGACUUCUCAAGGCUACGCUCCCUCACUGUGUUUGGACAGUGGAAGCCCUUCUUCAUCAGUGAAACUAUGAGGGUGCUCCGGGUGCUUGAUCUCGAAAAUGCAACGGGUGUCACAUAUAAAUGCCUGGAGCAGAUGCUGAAGGUGCUUCCUCGCCUCAAGUUCCUCUCUCUGAGAGGAAUAAGAGAGAUCUGCUAUCUGCCACGGUCAAUUGCUGGUCUGAGGCAGCUUGAAACUCUGGAUGUCAGGGGCACCUCCAUAGUCACUUUGCCACCAUCCAUCACCAAGCUUACCAAGCUGCAGUACAUCCGUGCUGGCAUAGCUAAGGAACCAUCAGUACCAUGUGCUCAUUUCUCUUGGUUGCCUAGCUGCUGUAGAUCUUGUCAUGUAGGUGGUGUUGAAGUGCCUGCAGGGAUUAAGAAACUUACAGCCUUGCACACUCUUGGUGCUGUCAACGUUGGUUUUUCAGGGGGCAAGGCCAUCCUGAAAGAGCUCAAGAAGCUCACCCAAUUGCACAAGCUUGAAGUGACAGGCAUCAACAAGAAAAAUAGCAAGGAGUUCUGUUCCGUCAUCUCAGACCACGUUCAUUUGGAAUCCAUGUCAGUGUGGCUCAUCAUGGGCAAUAACAAACCUUGUUUGAAUGACAUGUUCUCGCCUCAGAAGAAGCCUCCAGAAAAUCUUCAGAGCCUUAAGCUAUAUGGCCUUGUAAAAGAAGUGCCAGCAUGGAUCAGAGAUCUUCCCAAACUAACAAAGUUGGAACUGGAGAUAACUAUGUCAGAAGAAGUUGAAGGAAUCAAAGUUCUUGGGGACAUAAAAGAACUAUGUAUUGUACGUUUUUAUGUCAAGCCUCUUAAAGAUGGAGAUGGUAAUAAGCUUAACUUUUUUGUCGAGGUGAAUGGAGUAGAGCAGAGCAGUUAUUUGAACCUCAAGAUACUUGAAAUUGCUUGCAACUCAGAGUUAAAUGUAUCCUUUGGAUCAUUAGCAAUGCAAAAUCUUGAGCUGUUGACAGCUAAAUGCUGUACUGGGUCAGCAGUGAAGUUUGCUGACCUGAAGAGUCUCUCUAAAGGAAAACUCAAGGAGGUGUGGUAUUUUGGUUCCCUUGACAACACAGUUAAGUUGGACAUGGAGAAUCAACUUAACCAGCAUCCUAAGACACCUGCUUUGAAACUGGAGGAACCAUGUUCGUCCUGA